CCGCAUUCUCCAACGCGCGCAGUCCGUUUUUACUUAAUUUCACCGAUGCGUAGGCCUGCGUCCCGAAAUACUUAGAAAUGGAUGAAAAAGAAGAUUUUUCUGGUGAUGAAUAUGAGUACGAGGGGUCGAUUUUGUCAAGAGUCGCGGAUGUCGUCACAACUCCAUUUCGCGCUUUGAUUUCAAAAGAAGCCCAGAAAGCCUACCUGGGGACUUUCUUGUUUCUUAUUACAUCCACGCUACUCUUUGUUAUCGCUUUCGUGGCAUACUGGGUAUUCUAUUUCACCUAUGUUCCUCAAAUCGGACUACAAAGUGCGGUACAUCUACAAUUCGGAGAUACAAAUCCAUGGGGUACAGCGAUUAUCGGCUCCGAACUAACCGCUCUCCAAGAAUACGAUGUUAGUGUGAGCUUACAUUUGCCACGCACCCCGGAAAACCUUGCUGCGGGAAAUUUCAUGCUUGAUUUAGCAUUGAUACCCCCUCAGGAACCUACCGAAGGAAAGAAUGCUUCAAAUUCCUUGAUAGCGCGAUCGCGGCGCCCAGCUAUCUUGACUUACGCCUCUCCCGUUGUGGACAUGGCACGUAAAGUCUCUCGCAUGCCGUUGUAUUUAGUUGGACUACAGCGAGAAGAGGAAACCCUGAAUAUCCAAAUGAUGGAAAGGGUUGAAUUUGCUAGAGGCUGGCGCAAUAUUCCUAGCAAUUUAAGACUGGAAAUUCACAGUCGCGAGCAAAUGCAAGUGUAUGACGUGCAGGUCAAAUUCAAAGCCAGGUUUAGCGGGCUCAGAUGGUUUAUGUACAACUGGAGAAUUCUGUCGUGUCUCGUUUUCACCUCGAUGUUCUGGUCGAUGUCUAUGAUCUCUAGCAGUGUCACUUGGUUCCUAUUCUCCACCUUUUCGAAACCCAAGGAUCACAACGAUGUCACUAUCAAGAAGGAGGAUGAGGAAGGGAUUGACACUAAAGAGCGGACCAAGAAGCAGGGAACAAAGGACGAAGAAGACCUGAUAAAAGAGGAGGAAAUUGAAGAAUCAACAAACAUACCCCCGCUUAGCUCUGACUACACAGAAUUGACCGGAUUUACGAGUUAUCAGGCCAAUGUGGGCUUGGGUACAGGACUUGACAGACCGCCUGUUCAAGAAGUGCAACGUCGUCGGAGCCACUCGCAAGGCCAUGGCGAUGAUGAUGCAUAAACCUUAACAUGAUGAUUUUGCUUUCUUUCGGCGUAUUGCACUAGAUACCCUAUAGUUUUGAUCUGCCUCUUUUGGGUAACUUCUAUUCCAAGGCAUCAACAAUUUCAAUUUUGUAUUAAUACUCCAAUAAAAGUCAAUUCACAAAAAUCUC